GCCCAGUCCAGCGUCUCGUUUUGUUUCCCUCGUUUCUUAGAUUCAACUACGGUGCAGCGAUUAAUCACCAUGGCUGGACAAAAAGGAAAGAAGUCUUCUUCGACGAAGUCCUCUCAGGACAAGAAAGGGGCUAAGCCUACACUCCCUCCCACGCAACUUGUCGCUGCGGUCGAUGCCUUCCUGACGGAGUUUGGAUUCUCCAAGGCUCGUGAGGCAUUUGUCAAGGAACAGGCGAGCAAAUCGAUCAAGGGCGAUUCCAAGAACGUGCCGUCUUUGGUGGAGGUUUUCAAGACCUGGGAGGGCCAGGCAGAUGGGGCGAAGACGACCAGCAGCAGCGAUGAGAGUUCUAGCGAUUCGGAUGUCGCCAUGGACGAUGCGCCCAAGUCUAAGAAACAGUCCAAGAGCUCCUCCUCUUCCUCUUCCUCCUCGAGCUCCGAAAGCGAUGCCGACGAUGAGGAUGAGGACAAGGCAGCUGCCAAGUCCCCUGCGAAGCCGAACAAAUUGAAGCGCAAGGCUGAAUCCAGCAGCUCCUCGUCUUCCGAGUCGGAUUCCGAGUCUGAUGAAGCCCCCAAGAACAAGAAGACGAAGCUGUCGGGUAAGAAGGAUGCUAGCUCGUCUUCGUCUGACUCGUCCUCGGACUCUUCCUCCGACUCGGAAUCUUCGGACAGCUCUUCUAGCUCUUCUUCCUCUUCGUCUUCUUCGUCGUCUUCGUCGUCGUCGUCGUCGUCGUCGUCGUCUUCUUCGUCUUCUUCCUCCUCUUCCUCUUCCUCUUCUUCUUCCUCCUCUUCGUCUUCGUCUUCCGACUCUGAUUCUUCCUCCGAUUCCGACUCCGACGAUGAUAAGAAGACCCUGAAGAAGGCCGCGAAGACCCCGCUGCCUCCGUCCGACUCUAGCUCCAGCGGGUCCUCCUCCAGCUCGUCCGAGUCGGAUAGCGACAGCGGCAAAAAGGACAAGAAAGCGUCGUCCUCGAGCGCCUCCAGCGAUUCCACCACUACGCUCCAGGACUCUGACAACGCGGCCCCCAAAUCCGCCGAGCAAACCACUUCUUCGAGCGCCAGCCCCGCCCCUGGCAACGGUCCCGGCAAGAAGAGACACACCGGCGCCCGCCCGACCCCCCUGGCUCUUCUCAGCGAGCAGGCCCACGACCACCCCUCCAACGAUUACAUCUCUUACGCCUACGCCGAAAAGGCCUACAACGACUUGUCGGUCACCCGCGGCAAGGGCUUCACGAAGGAGAAGAACAAGAAGAAGCGCGGUUCCUACCGCGGCGGUCCCAUCGACAUGAGCGGCGGCAAGUCCUUCAAGUUCGACGACUAAGUCUCAGCCGUCCUCCUACCGAACUUUUGUCGAAGCGGCAGAUUGCAUCUGAUGAAGCGAAGCGUCCUUCCGUCCACGAUCAUCAAUACAAGUUUCACCAAAAGUUAUUUUCUCGAUUAGACGAAUAGAUCUAGAUCUACCUAUUUAGAUCGUCUAUACUUUUCAAGCAAGGCGCUGAUGGAGCUGGGAUUAAAAAACCAAAGAAAAAAAGACAGACAGAAUGAAGGAAAGAGAGAACGAACGAAAGAAAGAAACGUUUUUACCUUGUCAUAUAUAGUUUUAUUAUGUCGUUUUACCUUUACGCGCACUGUGUUUCGUCAAAUACCAUUUUUUAUCGUGCUUCCA